AUGCCAGCGCCGCUCAUGUUGUACUGCUUCUCAAUAACUUUAAUGUGGAUAUGUGUAACAGCAGACGAAAUUUUAGUGGUGCGACCAGCCAACGUCACGGUAGAGCCACCAGAUCUCCGCUCAAUUGGUAGAGUGCCUCCAUAUCACACAUCCAGUGGUGUUGGCAAUCACCAGGGUCACUUCUCCCAUGGUGGCCUUGCGCGUGUCGAGAUAUGGCCGCGCCCUUCAUUUAAACAUAUGGAUACGGUUCGGCUUCCUCCCAACAUAGACCAUGUUGACGACGGCGCCUGUCAUAGGCCAUGCCCUCCAAAUCACUUUUCGUGUCAGAUCGCUUGCAUCUGUAUUCCAAUGGCAAAACGUUGUGACGGUACAGUAGAAUGUGCCGAAGCUGAAGACGAGAAAGGUUGUGCACCAGCCUGUGACGAAAAUCUUAACCGAACACUCUGCCAUAACACCAAUAUAUGCAUAAAGAUAGAUUGGCUUUGUGAUGGAGACAACGACUGCGGUGACUUCUCAGAUGAAACUCGUUGCGGUGGACUGACAAACUGUACAUCGCAGCAGUUUCAAUGUGCCAACGGCCUUUGCAUCCAUACGGACUGGGUAUGUGACGGUGACAAUGAUUGCCGUGACAACUCCGAUGAAACCAACUGCACUAAAGGAAGAGGGCCCAGUGAUCAAUUCAUUGGCCGGGGUGGCGAGUGUAUUUCCAAACAUUGGCGUUGCGACAAGGAACCCGAUUGUCCUGACAGCACCGAUGAAGCUGACUGUCCUGUUGAUCUUAUACGAUGUGGUGAGAACGAGUUUCAAUGUGAUAACAAAAAAUGCAUUAACAAAGACUUCAACUGCGACGGAGACAACCGAUUCCCGGGACGGACGGAAAGGGGAAACUCUUGUCCCAUGCUCCCGGUAGCUGUGGGGGGGGGAAAUUCAGAGAGGGAUUGUACGGACAGUGAAGAUGAACUGAAUUGUGAACCUAACACAAUGCGAAACUGUACUACUGAUGAAUAUACUUGCCUCGAUAGGAGGUGCAUACUGAAAACCUGGCUUUGCGAUGGUGUUCGCGACUGUACUAACGGCGAAGAUGAGAUGAACUGCGAGGUACACUGUGAAGAAGAUCAAUACACCUGCAAAACUCAAGAGCAUCUUAUUAGCAGCGCAUUCAGGAAUUGUGUAAACAGAAAACACGUUUGCGACGGCAUGAAGGAUUGUCCUGAAGGUGAUGAUGAAGAUAAAUGUCCUCUGAAAAGGGAGUGUACUCAAGAAGAUCAUUGUGAACCUGGCAUGUGUAUCACUACGUAUGAUGAACGACAGACUUGCACCUGCGAUCUCGGCUUCCUACUCGCCAGCAAUAAUUAUACUUGCCGUGACAUUGAUGAAUGCAUGUACGAACAAGACCCAGUAUGUUCUCAAACAUGUUCUAACACCGUGGGAAGUUUCAAAUGUGGAUGCAUGACGGGCUAUGUGUUGAGACCCGAUGGUAGAUCCUGUAAGCCAACAGGAGAAUCACCUACGCUUCUCUUUUCAAACAGGAUUGGAAUACGACAAGUCUGGCUAACUGGAGACAACUACAUGCCAGUGGUGAAAGGGCUACAUAAUGCAGUCGCCUUGGACUACCACUAUGAAAAACAACUGGUGUUCUGGACAGAAAACAACUUGAGGGUCAUCAGGGUAGCACAGAUUAAUAACAAUAAUCUAACUGAUGUUAUAAGGUGGGGAUUAGAAACACCGAGUGGCGUUGCCGUUGAUUGGAUUCACGAUCUUCUAUUCUGGACUGACUCUGGUACCAGACGUGUAGAAGUAACCACGUUAGACGGAUCUCAAAGGGCCGUCAUUGCUGCCAACGAUCUGGAUAAACCAAGAGCAAUAGCGGUACAUCCUGGAGAUGCUUUGGUCUUUUGGACAGACUGGGGUCCCAAUCCUAAGAUAGAAAGAGCGGAUAUGGACGGUAGUAGACGCAAAAGUGUCAUAGUCGAUAAAAUAUUCUGGCCAAAUGGAUUAACUAUCGAUUAUACGGAUUCAAAAAUAUACUGGGCGGAUGCUAAACACCACGUUAUUGAGAAAGCCUCAUUUGAUGGACAUUAUCGGAAAAGAAUUACUAAUAAAGGACUACCUCAUCCUUUCGCUCUCACUUUGUUUGAAGACGCGAUCUAUUGGACGGAUUGGCACACGAAGAGCAUAUCCACAGUGAACAAAAAUACCGGCAUGGGCAUACAGACUGUUCAUGCCGGGCUGAAUGUUCCUAUGGAUAUACACAGUUACCACCCACUUCGACAAAUAAGAACGUACAAGAACCGCUGCGGCUACAACAACGGUGGUUGCUCUCAUUUUUGUUUGCCGAAUAGCGACGACCAUUCUUGUCGUUGCCCCGUUGGUUUCAAUCUUAACGAUGAUGGCCGGACAUGUGAAGAAAAUCCAGAGAAAUUGUUACUUUAUGCGCGCAAGAAGGACAUAAGGUUGAAACAGUUGAAUCCGAGGAAACAAACUGAUUCAUUGGAUAUGGUGAUUCCUGUGGAAACGAUAAAAUCUGCCGUGGCCUUAGACUGGGAUCACAACAGCAACUCCAUUUUCUGGACGGACGUUGACAAGGAUACGAUAAAUCGCGCUUACCUCAAUGGCUCUCAUCAAAACGUCAUUGUUAACUCUAAUCUGAUCUGGCCAGCGGGAUUAGCAUACGAUUGGAUAACCAACAAACUAUACUGGACCGAUGCGGGAACCAACAGGAUCGAAGUAGCUAAUGCGGAUGGUAGCAUGAGAACAUUACUGGCAUGGGACAACAUAGACAAGCCCAGAGACAUUGUUGUUGAUCCUAAAGCUGGAGUAAUGUAUUGGUCUGAUUGGGGGACAUCGCCCUGCAUCGAGAGAGCAGACAUGGACGGUGGAAACCGCAAACGUUUGAUCGUCGGCAACAUGACCUGGCCGAACGGAUUAGCUCUUGACUUCACCAAUAAUCGGAUAUAUUGGACUGAUGGUGGAAACAAAACGAUUGAAUAUGCUAACCUGGAUGGCACGGGCCGGUCUAUUUUGAUUGGUCAACAUCUACCGCAUCCAUUCGGCCUGGACCUUUACGGAGACGAAGUCUUCUGGACUGAUUGGGAAACGCAAUCCAUUCAAGCAGCCAAUAAGUUUACUGGAAAGAAUCGACGGACAUUAGGUGCUGGUGUGGCAGGUCUCAUGGAUGUGAGGAAGGAUGGCAAAACAUGCCCUGCUGGUCCGGUGAACUAUUUGAUAUUUGCUCAUCGAGUAGAUAUUCGUGUCGUUUCUCUUGAUGUUCCGUAUCUAAUUGACGUGCCGUUACCUUUACCUCCAUUGAAGAAUGCUUUUGGUGUUGACGUUGAUCACAAAACAUCGCUUAUCUAUUGGACUGAUACUGGUGAAAGAAAAAUUCAACGAGCUAACAGGGCCGGUGACACUAUAGAUACCAUCAUUGGAAAAGGCCUGCAUACAGUAGAUGGGCUAGUCAUUGAUUCGACUGGUCGUAAGAUUUACUGGACCGAUGGUGGACGAAAUAGUGUUGAAGUGGCUGAGCUUGACGGUAGUAACAGAAAAGUUCUAUUUUGGACUGGACUUGAUUCACCUCGUGCUAUAGCUUUACAUUACGAAUACGGACUAAUGUUUUGGUCAGAUUGGGGAAAAUCGGCAAAGAUCGAACGAGCUGAUAUGGAUGGAGGCAACAGGCGUGUAAUUGUAGAGAGCAAAGUCAAAUGGCCUAACGGUCUUGCUAUUGACAAAAUGGAGAGUCGCCUUUACUGGAAUGAUGCUAAAAUCCUAACAAUUGAAAGUUCAGACUUCAACGGGAAUGAUCGUCGCACUAUUUUAAGCAAUGUCCCGUAUCCUUACGGUAUCGUUAUAGUAGCCCAACACGUAUAUUGGACCGAUUGGAGGACUCAAGCCCUCCACAGAGCUGAUAAAAUGAAUGGAAAAAAUUCUAUCAUUAUUAGACAAAAUUUGGAAGGGCUUAUGGACAUUCGCGCCGUUCUGACUGAACGUGAAUUAGAAAACAUUUGUGGCGAUGACAAUGGCGGUUGCUCCCAUCUCUGCCUUCGAGCUCCUCAAGGUUUCUCAUGCGCUUGCCCGACUGGUCUACUUUUCAACACCAGUGAACUCAAUCCAAAAAUAUGCCGAAGUUAUCCCGAGAACUUCUUAUUUUUUGCAACUAAAACUAGCAUUGCACUUAUUUCAUUUGACACUCCGGAGCAAUGGGAUGUACCACUGCCAAUAAAAGUGCAGAAUGCUGUUGCCGUUGAUUUCCACUGGGAUCAAAAGCUUCUGUUUUAUACAGAUGUUGAUAUGGAUGUCAUAAGAUCUAUAAAUAUGCUAAAUAUGAGUGAUACGAAAGACAUUGUCAAGGGGAAUAUGGGUAUUCCUAAUGGUUUAGGUAUAGACUGGAUCGCAAACAACAUGUAUUGGACUGACAACGAAUACAAGGUCAUCGAAGUAGCUAGGUUGGACGGUACAUCAAGAAAAACCUUGCUGAGCAAUUUAAGUGAACCCAGAGCUCUGGCACUAUUUCCAGCGAAAGGGUAUCUUUAUUGGAGCGACUGGGGCCAAACGCCAUGUAUCGAAAGAGCAUACUUAGACGGCAGCCAAAGGAAAAUAAUCGUUAUCCAAGACGUUGGUUUUCCGAAUGGAAUCACUAUAGAUUACAAAGAGAGACGACUGUACUGGACUGAUGCUUUAAGACAUCGCAUCGACACAUCUGACUUGAAUGGCCAGCACAGAGUUCAGCUAAUACCAGAAGCUAAGAAUCCGUUUGGGAUGACACAGUUCAAUGACUACAUAUACUGGACUGACUGGUACAAGAAAGCUGUUAUGAGAGCUAAUAAAAAGACUGGAAUGAAUGUAACUGAAAUAAGAACAGACUUAGAGAUGACAAUGGAAAUAAAAGCUGUAUCAGGCGACAAGCAACAUGGAUGGAAUCCUUGCAGGGAAAAUAACGGCGGCUGCUCACAUCUUUGCUUCUAUAAGUUACAUGAUUAUAUUUGCGCUUGCCCUGAUGUACAAGAUCAUCGUCCAUGCUCGACAGUUCCUAAGAACUCUGUUGACCUCAAGAUGCCUUCACAUUAUCCAGUAUUUGAGGACUACACCGACCUACACACGGACAGUCCAGUACCUCCAGUACAGCCUGAAGCGCCUGAUACGAGUACAGGAGCCAUCAUCAUCACUGUAGCCAUACUCACUUUUAUAAUAGUCGGCAUAUUCAUCAUUGUACUUGUGUGUGUAAAACUACAUAGAGAUCGUGGCGGUGAUCUGAAGGAAAAUUAUCGCGAUUCUGGAGGCCAUAUUUCCUUCCAUAACCCGAACUACAGUUGCACUACGGGCGCAGGUGGGCCGAGCGCAGAGCCAAUAGAACGUCGAACAAAUCGUUUCCAGGGCAUUUUCAAAUACGACAAAAAUCAGGAACGUGUCACCAACGUUUACAUACCUGAAGGCACAAGUCUGCUACCACCACCGCCUCCGCCGCCACACCGACAACCGCCCUCAAGGCCAGCUACACACGACGACUUCGAACCCGUAACUUUACACUCAUACGCUUAA